AUGAGAGAACAAAGUAUAGUCAAAAAUGCAAACCCAAUAGAGAAAUACUUUAAUGUGAUACAUCGUUAUCAAUAUUUUUUAUUCAUCAUUUUAUUUCUAAGUAAACUGCCUGUGUUUUGGCAUUUCAUCAGUUUGAUAUUUCUAUCGCCCCGUAUGGAUUUUCAUUGUGACGGUGUGAAAAAUCAGUGUCCGUGCGAUGAUCCUGAUUGGGACACCAGCGUGUUCACAAAGACGAUUCAGAUCAAGUUUGGUUUGCAUUGCGAUAGGAGUUGGCUGGUCUCCUUGACGCAAAGUGCUAUUUAUUUCGGAUCCUUAAUUGGAGCGAUUGUUUUCGGUCUUUGGUCGGAUAAAUUGGGACGCCUCUCAGCUUGCACUUACUCCUGUUUACUUUUAGCCACAUCUGGCUGUCUAUUGAUUGUGAUGCCCGAAAUAUUUUCAUUUUUAAUAAUGAGAUGCAUUGAAGGCGCCGCUCUCGGCGGAUACACGGUCACGGUUUUUGUGUUCCUGGUGGAAUUCUGCGGGACAAAUAACAGAGAAAUAGUUUCUGCGUUGUUCCAUUUGCCUCCCAACUUCGGUCAUGCGUCUAUAGCAGGCGUGUCUUAUUUACUGAGGGAUUGUGAUCAUUUUCAACUAGCUUUGUCAGCGCCAUUAUUUUUAUUUGUAGUUAUGAGGUGUGUGACUUAUGAGUCACCGAAAUGGUUGCUGGACAAAUGUCGUGUUGACGAUGCGGCGAGAGUGAUGGACAAAAUUGCGAAAUUCAAUAAAGAUACAAGUCCAUCUAUGAAACCCGAACUUGAAACAUAUAGAGCGAGCAUGACAGAAUCAACUCAAAUGAAAUUCGUUGAGAUUUUCAAACACCGACGACUAGCGAUCAAUCUCAGUUGUAUGGGCUACAUCUAUUUCAUAUGCGGCAUGGGCUUUUACGGCGUCUCACAAUACAUCGGUCACAUGAGCGGUGAUAUCCAUAAAAAUGUCGCUCUAUCUGGAUUAUUGUUACUGCCUGGAACAAUAGCUGCCACUGUACUUCUCAAAAUAUUAAGCAGACGUUUAUUUUUAAUAUUGACAAAUUUGUUCUCAGGUGUUUUCAUAAUUAUAGUUGUCUUCCUUUCCGACGAUUUAAGUCUGCCUAGAGUAAUCUUGGCUUGUAUUUGCAACUGUUUCUUUUACAUGAGCUUUUUGGUAGCAUUUCUAUAUGGUGUAGAAUUAUUCCCGACCACUGUUCGAUCUUCAGCCUUAGGCACGUUAUCAAUGAUAUCGAGAAUUGGACAAAUCAUAGCGCCACAAAUAAAUACGUUGUCACCUUUUGCUGCAGGAUUGACAUUUGGAAUUUUAGCAGUGAUAGGUGCAGGUUUAUGUAUUCCUUUGCCGGAAACUAAGAACAAGGAAUUGCCGUCAACACUGGAAGAUACAAAAGUCGAAAGAUUGUCAAAAGAACCAUCUGCUUCUGCGUCGCCUACCCAAGAUACCACAACUUCGAAAUUAUAG